ACAACCUCAACCUCAAAUCUCCAACUCUCCUUUUCGAAGCAUUUCCCAUAUCGAUACCGUCCUGCCUUUCGUUCUUUGCAUUUUAUUUAAUUCUUCAAUAUGUUCCCAGGGUCGAACUCCUAUCUAGGAGCUCAGCCAGCUCGGCCUGGGGGACCACAGCAAUUCAACUCAUUUCAGGGCCAGCCGCAACAACAGCAGCAGCAACCACAGCAAAAUGCCUACCUGAACCCGCAACCAACGGGCUAUGGAGCAGCUGCUCCUCUGCAGCCCAAUUACACUGGUUACGGCCUACAGCCUCAAGCUACGGGCUAUCAACCACAGCAGAUGCAACCACAACAAAUGCAGCCAAUGCAGCCGCAACAGACGGGGUUUGCAGGCCAGCCAUCGCCGUUCAACCAAGCUCCCCAGCAGCAGAACUUUCAAUCCGCAGUACCCCCGAUGCCUCAAAUACCGCUGCAGUACCAGAAUCAGAUCCAGAACCAGGCCCCGCCGCAGCCAGCUCCAGCUCCAGCUCCCGCUCCAGCACCAGCGCCCGCCCAGAAACCCCAGCCCACAGGCUUCGCGCAGAUGGCCGAUAGCUUCAAGACCUCCGAGCCAACUCCAGCGCGCGGCCGCAGAUCCUCGAGAGCGAGGACUGGUACGAGGAUUCCGAACAUAAGAUUGUCAUUCAUUACGGCGCAGGACCAGGCCAAGUUUGAGACGCUGUUCAGGAGCGCGGUUGGAGACGGGCAGACGUUGAGUGGUGAGAAGUCAAGGGAUCUCUUAUUGCGGAGCAAAUUGGAUGGCAACUCGCUGUCCCAGAUUUGGACCCUCGCAGACACGACCCGCUCUGGACAGCUCCACUUCCCCGAAUUCGCGCUCGCGAUGUACCUCUGCAACCUCAAACUGGUUGGGAAGCAACUACCUGCUGUACUCCCUGAAAAUAUAAAGAAUGAAGUCUCAAGCAUGGUGGAUAUAAUUAAUUUUGGCGUUGCGGACGAUGCGCCGGGGCCGAAGACGAAUGCUCCGGACUUCAAUAUCCAACAGAAUACGACCCCGUCCCCUGCGAUCCAACAACCGCAACCAAUGCCAUCGAAUUCUACUUUGUUGGCUGCUCAAAUGACCGGAUAUCCUGGACAGCAGCAGACUGGAUUUGGAGGAGGCUUCCAGGGACAGCAGCAGCAGACAGGGUUUCAGCAGCCUAUGCAGACAGGCUUCAAUCAACAAGGUGGUUUGCAACAGCAGAAUCAGACUGGGUUCCAAGGGAUGUCGAACCCGACAGCAACUGGGUAUACUGGGCCGCGCCCACCCAUGCCACCCAUGCCCACAGGCUUCAAUCCUAGUCAGGGCAUGUCGCCAACUCAGACUGGUAUGGGCGGAAUGAUCGCUCCGCUGAACGCACAGCCUACUGGGCGCCCUGGACAAUGGGGACUGGUGAAUGCACCUGCGACCGGUCUGCCCAAUAUCGAUCUCUUGCAAGCUCGAAUGAUGCCUCAGCCAGGCCGAGAACAGGGCAGUUUCAAUACAUCCGGGCUCACAGGUAAUGCAGUCAUCCCAUGGGCUGUCACGAAGGAGGAGAAAACCAGAUAUGACUCUGUGUUCAAGGCUUGGGAUGGCUUUGGAAAAGGUUACAUUGGUGGUGAGACUGCGAUUGAGGUCUUUGGGCAGAGUGGUCUGGAUAAGCCUGAUCUGGAGCGGGUAUGGACUCUUGCGGAUAAUGGCAAUAAAGGACGUCUGAAUAUGGACGAGUUCGCCGUUGCUAUGCAUUUGAUCUACCGGAAACUUAAUGGCUAUCCUCUGCCAGCCCAACUGCCACCCGAGCUUGUACCACCAUCUACCAGAAAUUUCAACAAUUCCAUUGGCGCGGUCAAGUCACUGCUUCAUCAGGAGUCUGAUCUCCGAAAGAACUCUGGUGCGACCUUGCUUCCUCAGAAGACAGGCGUCAGUUAUCUGAAGAGCCAUUCGUUUAAAGGCGAUUCGAACAUUGGAUCGGGACGGAAAGAUGCCACAGUCUUCAAGAAUAACGACGAUGAUAUUGGAUAUAGAUCUAGUGCUCGUCGCAGGAUCGGCAACAGUUCUCCACGCCCCUCAUCUCCAUCUUCAACCACAUCAAAUGAUGACAUGUCAUUGGAGCAAUUGAGGAAGAAGAUUCGCGAAAAGCAAGUACUUCUUGAUGCCAUCGACUUCAAAGACGAGAAUGCCGCAGAGGAGGAUGAUGCGCUCGAUCGACGAGACCGCCGUGACGCCGAAGAUCUUUAUCGGCGCAUUCGACGUAUCCAGGAGGACAUUGAUUCUCAUCCUGACGCGGCGUUACGAAACGUGGAUUCUAACGCUGAGAGGCGUAUUUUGAAGCGUCAAUUGCAGACCUUGACUGACAAGUUGCCUGAGAUUGCAUCCCGGGUUCGCAAGACCGAGCGGAGCAUUGCUGAGGCCAGGUUGGAACUCUUCAGACUCAAGGAUGCCAAGGCACACCCAGGCAGCGCAUCGGCGAUCAUUGGUACUGGUCCAGGUGGCACUGUGACCGAGUCUGAUCGACUGAAAGCCAGAGCCAAGGCUAUGAUGCAACAGCGUUCUGCUGCUUUGACUGGAAGGAAGAUUGAAGUCAAUGAUGACGAUCUGGCUGCGCCAAAGCGCUUGGAAGAGGAGAACGUCAAGAUUAGAAAUGAGAAGGAGAACAACGAGCGCAUGGUCAAGGAUGUUGAAGAUAGCGUCCGGGAGUUCUCUCGUAGUCUGGAGGAUAGCCUUAAGGACGGAGCAGAGGAUUCCACCAGUGAGCAUGAGAGACGCAGAUGGGAAGAUGGGCUUGGUGUUGAAGAUGAAGUUAAAGACUUUAUUUUCGACUUGCAAAGAUCUAGUAGGGCUGCAAGGGUCAGGACCGAAGAUCGCCGCAGCACUCGCGAGACUCGUGAACCAGCACGAUUUGAGAGCUCUCCUGCUUCAUCACGCAAGGAAUCACCUGCACCGGCGCCCGCCACAGCUCCCUCUCCUUCUGCUCCUGGUGGUACCUAUUCCCAGUAUAAGACCCCCGAGGACCGAGCUGCAUAUAUCAAGCAACAGGCUGAGCAACGCAUGGCUGAACGUCUUGCGGCUCUUGGUAUCAAGGCACCAACGAAACCUGGCGAGACAACGCAACAACGAUUGGAACGGGAGAAAGCUGAACGGGCUGCCAAACUUAAACAAGCGGAGGAGGAAGAUGCUAGGCGUGAGGCCGAGAGACAGGCGAGGCUUAAUGAAGAGCAGGGCAUUCCUCCUCCUGCCCCGGCCCCUGCCCCUGCAGAACCUCAGGCUGCAAAGAAACCUCCUCCACCACCGUCGAGAAAGGCUGCAAAGAGCGAUGCAAGUGAUCGGAAAGCUCAAGAAGAACAGCGAGUUUUGGAAGAGCAGAAGGCACAGAUUAUUGCAACUUCAGAACUAGAGGAUGAGGCCGCACGUCAAGAAGCUGAGCUCCAAAGAGAACGUGAGGCUUCCGCAGCACGCCUCAAGGCUCUGGAGGAGCAAGUCAGGGCUGGUAAGAUGAAGAAAGAAGAAGAGAAGCGCCGGAAGAAGGCAGCCCAAGCAGAAGCCAAACAAAAAGAGGCUAGGCUUGCUGCUCAACGCGCCGAGAUUGAAGCUGCGCAGGCUAGAGAGAGAGAAUUACAGCGGCAGCUAGAGGCUAUGGAUGAGGACGACGAUGAUUCAAGCGAUGAUGAAGAACCUCAACAGGCCACACCUCAAGCCUCGACGCCGACCCAAGGAAGUCAAGAACUUGAGCGUAAGGAAGCGUCGCCGCCGCCACCACCUCCAGCGCCGGUUGCUGUACCGCCAGUUACUCCAGCCUCUCCUGCGGCUCCUACUGCCGCUUCUCCGCCAGCUGUCCAUACCAGCUUGCCAGUCACUAGUCCCGAUACCGAGACCAAGAAUCCCUUCUUCAAGCGCCUCGGCUCGCAAGCAGCUGAAACCCCCUCCCAAGGCACAACACCACCCUCCGCUCAACCCCCCGUGUCGACCAACCCCUUCCACCGCCUCCCCGCAACACAGGAAACGCAAAAGGCUGCCUCGCCACCAGCGGCCACCCCGAUCAUCGCGGCUCCGACCGGCGGGCGCGCUUCUCGUGUGCGCCCAGAAGAAGAUGAUUGGUCCGUGGUUGGCUCAGACAGGGAAGACUCUUCUGACGAUGAGGACGGCCCUGGUGCCGGAAAUGCCCGCCAGCUUGCUUCUAUGCUCUUCGGUACUAUGGCGCCGCCCCGUCCGCUCUCCGCUACUGGUACUGGUACUGGUACUGGCUCUACUCCUGCUUCCCCUCCAGCGGGAAGCGGGCCAACCUCACCACCACCUAUGCCAACAGUGGUUGAUGAGGAAGCUCCACCACCACCUCCAAUGCCUACCGCAGGAGCCCCGCCACCACCACCUAUGCCAACUGCGGGAGCUCCACCUCCACCUCCAAUGCCAACUAUGAGUGCCCCGCCGCCACCACCAAUGCCAGGAGAUGGAGCGCCACCACCACCGCCAAUGCCCGGAAUGGGCGGGCCACCACCACCUCCACCCAUGCCGACUAGUUCGCCGGGAGCGGGAGCAGCUGCCAGGCCCGCAGCAUUACUUGGAGAGAUCCAGAUGGGACUGCAGCUAAAGAAGACGCAGACGAGGGACAAGAGCGGUGCCGCCGUCGCAGGACGGGUCUUGGACUAGUCGCGAGAUGCAGUACUGAUGAUUGACAGCGGGAGACGCGAGAUGAUGAUCGUAUGCGAGUGGUUAUUCCGAUGGGGGGUGUACUAUAUAUAUGUUCAUUCUGGUGCGUGCGAGACGAGUCAGCGCGGGGAAUGGGGUCGGAGCCGUGGUUGAUGAAUUAGCUAGCACAUAUGAGAGAUUACAAAUUGAGACUUGGAUUGCUGUCUUGAGAUUUGAGGCUCUUGUUAAGUUAGUGAUUGAUGCGAGGCAAAUCAAAUCAAUGGCUGUGAACUAUGCGUAUGUACAAUGCCGAAGGGGUUUAUCAAUUUAUCCUGUUAUACUUUACAUUAGAAUCUCCAGCG